AAAAAAUAAUACUUAAAUAAUAUUCUUCAUGUAUAAUACAUAUUAUUACUGUCAAUAAUAUAGUAAUAACAUAUUAUACCAAAUAGUAUUGUAUAUGCCUCACAUGAAUAUAGUAUGACGCAUGAAGUAAACGUCCGACAAGACACAAUUUCAAAGCCGAUAGACUCCGCUAGCCGCGCCGCCUAGGGGACGAAUUUUAUCCAUACAGCAACAACAACCCCGUCAAGAGCGUGGUGGGGUGAAAUUCCUGAGUCAUUGGCAGGUCCAGAGUGCCACGUUCUUGGCAGUCGCGUCAUUGUGUUUUUCUCUCUACAACAAGUAAGACGCAUAUUGACGCAUCCACUACAACACUUAACUGACUAAAAUUUCAACAUGUCCCAAGACUGUCCAAUUUGUUUAUGUGACAUUGACAACAAAAGCUAUACAAAUGUGUGUAAACAUUUUUUUUGUUAUACAUGUUUAAAACAGUGGUCAAAAGAAUGUUUAUUUCUACGCCCAAAUUCUGAACCCACUUGUCCAGUAUGCAGAAAGAAUUUUAUACAUAUCUACCAUUCUUUUGAUGACUUAGAAAAUCAUAAAAGCACAUAUACCAUCAUUCCAGGAAUAAACCAUGACAUUUUACCAUCUGCAAUACCUAGAACUUUAAGUGUAAGAACCUUUAGUUCUAUGUCAAAUGGUAAUAGAGAGUUCAGUGGAAUGAACAGGUUACUUCGAAAUAAUGGCUAUCCUGGACAAAGUGGACACCAAUAAUUGAUAUGAACCAGAGGAAGAAAUCUACCGCUGUGAUUCUUUAGCUGAGAUUAAAUCAAAAUCGUCAAUUUCUUCCCACUUUAUUAAAAACAUCAAUUCUCCACUAGCAUCAUUUGCA